GAUGGCUAUAUAUGGCAUGGGUGCAGGAAAAUUUGACAUCUGAACCCCUCUGAAACUGUAUUUACUGCGUUUUUAGAGGCACGUUUUGUGAAUUAAGACAGCUUUUGACACCAUUACGCUUCAAAUUCUACUUUUUAAUUUCUCUUUUAUUUGAGUCAGAAUCAGCAUAUCACCAGUAAGACACUGACAGUGGCAUGGAGAACAGGGUGACCGGAAAUUUAGGGCGUCCUGCUGACAAAACAGGGCAUACAAUUGUCAUGUUUUUCUGUUUCCUCUCAAGCUAAAAGCAUGGGCUUUGUGCUCCGGAUUCCUGAUUGUUAAAUGAGCCUGUUGUUGUGUUUGUCCAUAUUUAGGGGGAGAGGUUCAACACUGUCUCUCCUCUCCUCAACUCACCCCCUAACUUUGUCUCCAGCCUUUUCCACAUCAGAAGUUCGUCGGAUCAUCAAAAUAUUAUAACAAUAAUUAUAAUAACAAUAAUAAAGAGUAGAUGGUGAACUGUGGAUUUUUGGUUUCACCAUAGAAGCUCAUCCUGCAGAUUAUUAGUCGCUGACCGUCAGUGAAAAGCUCCUUUUUACCUAAUGCUUCAGUACUUUAAGAUCUAUAGAAUAAAGAAGAUAAUGUCCUUCACAAUGAAGCUGAAGCCAUAGUUAAAAGUCACAAAUACUAAUAAGUCAGUAGUGAAUGCUUCUGCUAUUGAGGAUCGUCUGAUCGUCUGAACUGUGCCGUGAAUGUGUUGAAUUGAAUCUGGACAAACGAUUCCGAGAGAAGCGCGCGUCCGCUGGCUGUAAUGACGUCCCACGGCAGCAGAGGCUGCUCUUGUCUCUGGUUAGUUACCGUCACUGAGCAGUCGCUGCGGAGUCGGGACAUUUGUCGGUUCAAAUGAGUCAGCAAGGGUCAUCAUGUGACGUCAUGGGGGGCUGCGUGCACAGGUGUUUCUGAGGGAAUGGACCAAGCUAUGACUCACUCUAAAUCAGUGUUUUCCAACCAUUUUCAAGCCACGGCACCCUUGGUUCAUUGAAAAAAUCCCAAGGCUCACCAACAACGGAACCUCGGCCAAAGUGCACUUGUGCUAAAAAGUCCUAUAGAAAAUCCCUAUUGUGAAUCCCCUUGUGAAAAACUUGCUUGUUAUUUUGCCAGGAUAUUUGCAGAAACAAAUCUGUUUCUUUCCAAUGUGUCCAGAAAGGGGCGGGCAAUAUGGCAAAAUAUAUCAUGAUUUAUUUACUUACUUUAAACAACUGUUUCGAUUUUGUCACUUCUCUUUUGUGCGAUUUUAUUAUAGUUUCGAGUUUCCAGACAAAUCAUCUUCUUUGCCUGAACUUGCUUCAUAAACAAUUAUUCUUUCUCUUUUCACAUUUUGGAGCGCAUUUAUUUUGUUGUGCCUUUAGUUGUUUGCCAGCUUUUAAACCACAAAGCAAACUUUGACGGUCCAUGAGUAUCAAUGAAGUUUUGAAGUGAGACGUCAUGUGAGCCUUUGGCUCAGUUAGCUCUGCGGUGCAGACAGUCUUUGGUGUCGCGGAUCCGACAAGGAUCCCUCCCUCCCUCCGUCCAUGGUUCUGUGGUGAAAGUGUCUGGUCAAGUUAGAGGCGCGUCAGCUUUAAAAACAUCUGGAAGUUGCUCAUGUGAGCGGCUUCUUUGCCGUGAGUGUGUGGGAAGAGCAGCACUGCAAGACACUGUAGUUCUACGAUAUAGUGUAUAGAAAGGAUUUGACUGAAUCCAUGUGAUCUCCUCACCUUGGUUGCUCCUCAACACCUUCUAAUUGUCAUGAUUUAAUGCCAUCUCUAUCUCCGGACACAUGAGGUAAAACUAGAUCAUUUUUCCACGGCACACCUGACACUCGCUCACGGCUCACUAGUGUGCGCCGCAGCUCUAAAUGACUGACUGGUGGACCGGCUGGAAUGUCAUCAUAAUAACGUGGUGGAUGUUUCAGCUUCUGAAGCUUCUGAGUUUGAUAUUCACAGUCUGAUGUGCUUCGUAUUGUGUUCUUUUAAACAUGUCUGAAUGUUGAAUUGAUGGACCUUGAGCUGCUAGCUAAAGUAAGAAAUGACUCAGCUGUGUGACUCACUUCCUGAUGGAACCCACACAGCAUCACUACCUGUUGAUUCACCGCCAGCUGUGAGUGCACGUCAAUCUGUGUCCCGUUAGAUUUCCGAAUUUAUACCGUGAGGUUGUUACUUAAACACUGUCUGUCUUCAAAACGUUUAGAAUUCAUGUGUCCUGAAGUACCUGAGACUCGCCAAUCUCAAGAUAAAGUCUCUUUGAGACAUUUACAAAAUCUAGACUGAUGCCCGCACUAUCUUCUUCGCCUCCCUUGAUCAUAUAACGUUUCAUGUUUCAUGGUUUUAUUUCUGAGUAUUAAGCAACUAGAUAAGCAGAAAACUAAGUGCUUGUCAACCAAAAUUCUCCACAAGGUGGUGUGCUGAUCCCAACUUUGGUUUUAUUUUGAUCCUCUAUCCACGGUGCUGACAUUGUUGUAUUCUUUGAGAUGAUUGUCUUCGUAAGCUUGUGUUUGGAACGUCUGGCUGUAAUUUAAGAUAAAAUAUUUGGCUCCGUCACUCAUCGAUUGUUGUAAAGAUCCUGGCGCUGCCAGCAAUUCUUCAUUUAUUUGCGCAUCACCAUCACUGCUUGAUGCCUGUUUCCAGGGGUUUUUUGCCUCUUGUGUCGUUAAGUACCAGUAACAUUGAUCUCCAGUGGCUUUGUUAGUAGACUCUGGUGUGCAGUGAUGAGACGAUAAAUCAUUAAUUUUAUUUUACUUUCUGUGUGUCGGAUUUUCCUGUGGGUCCAUUUCACGCUUCAGCUCAUUUCAGACUAAUAAAGAUUUUAUUUCGUCAUAAGUGACUGAGUGGAGGUUCACAUCUUCAUCAUCGCUCCAGUUAGUCGUGUGUGUCUGUGUGUGUGUGUGUGUGUGUGUCUCUCUAAUGCUGUCUUUGAAGUUCCCCUAAAAUGGAUAAGUUGAAUAUUUAACUUUGCCCCCGGGGUGCCGGAUUAUACCCCAGAUUUUCACCGAGGAUGGGGCUCAGAUCCGUCAGCCUGAUCUGUGGUUUAUCGCUGUGCUCUGUGGGAACGCGACUGAGCACAAGAGUCAACAAACUCUGUCACAGUCACACACAUUAGAGGUUUGCAGCUGGCUUGUUUUAUUAAUCGAUGAAAAGCCAAAGUGCUGCUGGGACCGAACCAAACGCACUUGAGAAAGAUGAUCAGGAAAUAAUGAAGUGUUUUCUGCUUCAAAUGAAGGCAAAAAGCUUUAUCAAUAAAACAUACUUUGUCUUCUUAAAUCCAACUGCAAUCACACAUUCACUUUGAUUCGACUCGUAACAUGAUUUUGUUUGGCUUCUCCUCAAAAGCCUUUUUGAGUUCAUUUGUUCACAAAAUAAUUCUUGGUGAAACUGAACUGAAAUUGUGUUGCCAUGUAAAUGUCACCCCCGCACUCAUUAAGAGACUUUGUUUCUGUGCUAUAGUGUUCUUUCUUUAAAGAGUUCAGUGUGGGAGAGCCAACUUCCUGCAGGUUCAAGGAAGUGACUUGUAAUCUGUUGGCUGAGUCCCCUCUUGUUCGAUUGUACCUGCCCUGAUGUGUGUGUUGCCAUGGUUGCAGCUGAGCUCACACUGGUGGAAUGCAGUUUCACUCAGGUGGUUUGACCCUCUGAUUCCUGGCACGGGGGGUGGGAGGGCUGAAUGUUUGCGAUAAACUUAUGGUUCUAUACCACUCCAUUGAGGUACUGCGGAGGCUGGACUAAUUUGUCAUCGAGUUUUGUUUAUGUGUUGGUAUUUUCGGCCUCUAGGGGGCUCCCUGAUGUGCAGUGCGGAACAGAUAAGAUGACAUGGGGAAGUGGUUCAGAGGGUUUGUAUACCUUCUUCUUCUUCUGAAUUGACAGAUGAAAGGCUGCUUUGGUGUAAUGCUGCCCCCAACAGGCUAAGGACGUAUCUGCAUUAAGGAGUGUCCCAUUUCUAAAGAACAAAGUCUUCCUUAAACCUUGGUUUUGAGGAAUGGGGUUGAGGAUUAAGAAAGGAAUUGGAAUUGACCCUGGGAUUUGGACUCUGUAUUCUCUGGCCAUGGUCUCGACUCUGAGUCUCUGGAUUGGUGGUCUUGACUGCAACACUGUGGAACAGGGAAGGUAACCUCUGCUGCUAAGGCCUCUGGAGAAAUACGAAAGUCAUGUGACCUGGAUUGUGUGGUAGAAUCAGACUCACUGGACCAAGUAGACUACGGACCAUUGGACCAACACUUGGGCCACAACACUGACUGCUGGUUUUAAAACAUUGUCAUGAAACACCUAAAUCCUCUUUUUUUAAGAUGCAGAAAGAGAUGAAGCUAGCAGAUAAGGAACACCUGAAUAAGACUUUAAAGUUGGACUAGAUGAUUUAAUAGUAUGAACUGAUUCAACUGUAUUAUGAUGUUCAUUUUAAUCGUGCAGUCCAAACAGUCUUCAGUUAAGUUCCCUGUGUUAUGAUAAACCCCUCUGCAGUUCAGAGUUUUGGUCCCUAAAUUCUGACUUCUUUUGGAUUUUCCGUGUGAAAACAAAAGGUCCUGUCUCGACAGACCCACUUGUCUUGCCGGCGUGGGACCGGCCUCUCGCUUGUAGCUCAGCUCCCAGUUGGACAUUGUGCGGCGUCCAUCUGUGUUCAACCCAGAGCAAAGGAGGAUAAAGACAAAGGAGGGAUUGACAGACACAAACGCACACAGAGAGACGGGAAAACAACAAGAUGUUUCAGACAAUGUUUGCCAUAGAGUGUCAAUGCUCGUAGGAGACAGUGGCACUAGUGUGAUGGGUGACGCUGCUGCGAACAACAGCACGCUCGCUCGCACCACUCAGAAGGACCUGAAAGAUUGGGAAGGAAGAGAUGUGAAGGAGCGCUGAUGAGAGGAAAUGGGUUGAAUGUGAGGCCUGGGGGGAGCGUCGGAAUCAAGUUUAAUGGCUUCAGUCAGCAACAAAUGAAGUGGAUCUUGGUGAAAGGAUGGGUUCCUGCUGCGCUCGCGGCCUCGCGGGAGACGGCGGCGACGAGGUCGUCCAGGUCAGCCGGCACACUACCUGGCCCAGGACGACUGAGGUCGCCACGAACCUUGAUGAUCAUGAGUUCUCCACGUGGGACCUCAGGUGUGACACAAGCCACAACCAGAGGACCACCACAUUUCGCCACCCGGUGACCGGGCGGAUCUCUCCGGACAACUUGGACUACAUCUUGCAAGACCAAUUGCAGGGUGCGCGCAUGAUGUCCAGACCUGCCGUUGAGCAACUCUCCAGCACGACGGUCAGCGAAGCGUCCACUGCCAUCACAUCCUCUACUGUGGACACCUCCGCCUCAAAGGGUUCCCGAUCCAGUGGCAAGGUGCACAGCUUCGGCAAGAGACAGCAGUCCAUCAAGAGGAACCCGAACAUCCCGGUGGUGGUCCGAGGAUGGCUCUACAAACAGGACAGCUCCGGGAUGCGUCUGUGGAAGAGGAAGUGGUUCGUCCUGGCCGACUUCUGUCUUUUCUACUACAAAGACAGCAGAGAGGAGGCCGUCCUUGGCAGUAUUCCUCUGCCCAGCUAUGUCAUCUCACCUGUGGGACCAGAAGACCACAUCAGCCGAAAGUAUGCCUUCAAGGCUAGCCACACGGGUAUGCGCUCCUACAUUUACAAGCAAAGCUCUGUGAUUGGCUCGCAGGCGGAGCACAGUGGGAUGCGAACAUAUUACUUCAGCGCAGACACACAAGAGGACAUGAGCACCUGGCUGCGGGCCAUGAACCAGGCCGCGCUGAUGCAGAACCACGCCGAUGCCGUCGUCAGGCCGUCAGACCAGUUCGAUCAUUUCAGCAUGAGUCAGCAACACUCGCUGCCUCACUCGAACCACGUCAACCAUCACAAGAUGCCAGACUCGGAUGUGACCCGGCCCAUCGUCCACGAGGUUCUGCUGGAGCCGAUUCACCGCGACACAGACUUCCACAAAGACUCUCCCGGUGCCACCCUGCUGGGAGUCACGGCGGGAAGCAGCCCGCUGGAAAUGGACACUCACUCCUCCCUCCCUGCCAACCCGACCUCGUCCACUCACUCGCAGUCUGACCACGUGUCCGCCUCAGCGCCCGUGUCCAGAGUGUCCUCCAGGGCGCCGUCCCGCUCCGCCUCUACACUGCCCUCCAGUGUGUGCACCAGGAACGGUCUGGUUUCCACGCCCAGCCCAAUCCUGGAGCCCAACGGGAUCGCGGCCGGGACGUACCAGAGGGUGCCAGCGUCCCCAGAGGAGCACAAGGACGAACGCAGGCGAAGUGCUCUUGAGCAAGUGGAGCACUGGAUCAAAGUGCAGAAGGCUGAUGUGAAAGGACCCCCCUCCAGAGAUAACACCCUCCCUCGUCGUACUCCCCCCACCCAGCACAAGUUCACCUCCAUGGACGCAUACCAGACGUUGCCAAAGACCCCCCGCCAAAGCCCCCCCGCUGCCCGACUGGGCGAGUACAAGUACGCCCAGGACCGAAUGAGCCACUUCCGCCUGACUCCGGAGCAGACCGGCCCGGGGUCCAACACCGUCUUGCAGCUGUACGAGUGGCAGCAGCGGCACCAAUUCCGUCACGGCAGUCCAACGGCACCGCUGUACACUCCAGCCCCCGACUAUCCGUUUGGGUCCAGGCCACCGUCCACCGUGCCUCCAUCCUCCGCUGCGCCAAAGCUGCACGGGUCGCCUCGCUGCGUGUCCGUGCCCCCCUCCACGCUAGACAUCGCCCCGCCGGGGCUUCCCCCGGGCGCCAGCAGGACCCUGUCGCCCACACGUCGCCCACACACCCCGGCAGGGAGAGUGACGGUCAGACCUGCAGGGGACCGGUCAGUGGUCGACCUCCCUUUCACUGUGUCCCCUCGAAGGUCCAAGUCUCAGCUGAUCAAGACUUCUACGAUAGAGCGGCGGUCGAUGCCGCCAUCUGGCUACAUCACACACACGGUCAGCGCGCCGAGCCUGCACGGAAAAACGCCCGACGAGCUCACGCUGCUCCUCAUCCAGCUGCGACGGCAGCAGGCCAAGAUGGCUGCUGCCCGCCAGCUCACGUUAGCUCAGCUCCAACAGCUCAGUGGUCCCAAAGAGCAGCUCCACAACAACAACAACAACCUCCACCUCCUCACCGCCACUAGCACCAGUCCCCUCCUCGGCUCAGGCCACGCCACUCUAAACCACAUCAGUCAGUUUGGGCUUUCGGGCGCCUGCAACACCCAGCGCCCCCUGUCUGAUCCUGACUCACAAGUGGACGACACGUACGUGCAGCUGAAGAAAGAUCUGGAGUAUUUGGAUCUGAAGGUCGCUGGAGGUCAGACGCAGAAGGAGGCGGGAAAACCAGUCAAGGUGGCAGAAAGUGAUGUGGACGUGAAGCUGAGUCGGUUGUGUGAGCAGGACAAGAUCCUGAAGGAUCUGGAGAUGAGGAUCAGCUCCCUGAAGGAAGACAAGGACAAGUUGGAAAGCGUGCUGGACGUGUCGCACCAGCAGAUGGAGAAGUACCACGAGCAGCCUGGCCACGCCCAGAAGAUCGCCUAUCAGCAGCGGCUCCUGCAGGAGGACCUAGUGACCAUCCGGGCCCAGAUAUCGCGCCUGUCCACGGAGAUGGCUGUGGCCUGGGAGGAGUACAUGCUGCUGGAGAGGUCGGUGGAGCAGCUGAGGCUGGCGCUGCAGGCACACAUGAAUCACGGCGCCACCCCUCAGCAAGAAAAGAAUGAGGUGAAGCGAGAGCUGUGGAGGAUCGAGGACGUGAUGGCGGGACUCAGCGCCAGCAAAGCUAACUACAAGAUCACCAUCGAGUCCAUCCAGAACCCUGAGAGGAAACUAGUGCCUUCGGUGUCGGACUCCGACGUGCCUUCUCCAAGUGCAGAAGUUCAGCCGCCUCCUCGUAGCUCCGUCUCCAGCUUCUUCUCCCAGAGCGAGGCGUCCAAGUGGUCAGAAGAUGGCGCUCCACCUCGGCCACCCCUGCCUCGUCUCUAUGACUACGAGGAGACCCCGCCUGUGGUGCCGCCUCUCCCUAAAGAGGCCUCGGUCAUCCGUCACACGUCCGUGCGCGGCCUCAAGCGCCAGUCAGACGAGAGGAAGCGCGACCGCGAGAGCGGCGGGUACGUCGCCAACGGAGACUGUAAGCCGGACCUGCGGUCGUACCAGAGUGAGCCGGAGCUGCCGGGGAUCAACUACCAACACACCAGUCCCGACAGUGACCCCCAGUAUUACCAAAAUAAAGGUCUGUCCGGCUCCUCGUCCCACCUGACCCAGUCCGGCGCCGUCUCGUCCUUCGUCACCCUCCGCAGGAGCCCGGGCAGCGCGGUGUCCAGGCAGGAGCGACCAAAGAGCGCCAUGGAGCUCCUGUCGCCCACCCACGACCCCUCGCUGCUGCCCAGCGCUCAGCCUCGCAGCCGCAUGAGCGCCGAGGAGCAGCUGGAGAGGAUGAAGCGCCACCAGAGGGCGCUGGUUCGCGAGCGCAAGCGAAACCUCAGCCAGGGCGAGCGCUCCUCCGUCGCCAGCCAGCGCUCCUCGUCCUCCUCCUUCAUGCGGCCGACCUCCUUCACCUCCGACUCCUCCUUGCCUCGGGGUCAGGUGUUCCACCCACCGGAGGAACGUCUCGGGGUUGAAGGUCAGAGUGCUGAGAGAGCGAGGUACCGGUCCCCAGACUGGGUGUCCGCCACCGUCGUGCGAGAGGUGGACGUGGAGCCGCUGGACUAUGACCUGGACAUCAGCAGAGAGCUGUCCCGACCUCCCAAGGUCCCCAUCCCAGAGCGCUACAUCGAGUCGGACCCCGACGAGCCGCUGAGUCCGGAGGAGCAGGAAGAACGCGAGCGCAGAACUCUGCGUAUCCAGAACCUUCUGGCCAAAUCCAGUCUGCAGUCGGUGGACGUCAGCGAACUGGACUCUGUCCUGCAGCAGCACAAGAGGAUCAUGUCUGUGUCUCACGCUCUGGCGUCGGAAGCUUCCUUCAAGAGCAAACUCAUGGCAGCCAGAGCUUCGGCGCCGCACUGAGCCCCGGACCUGCUGGUCCACAGGACCACCACGUGACGUAGCUCCUGCGAGUGAGACCGACUCCACGGACUGGCUUUUAAAGUCGCACACUUCUGCCCACACUCACCUCCCCAGACGCUCACCACAGCAAACACUUCUCUCUGCCAAAAUGAAGGUCCAGAAGCGAGGAGCUUCUGUCCCAGGACAUUUGACUGGCAAGCCUCUGCUGUGGCCUCCAGGACCAGCACGAUGCCACUCAGUUUCACUGCCUCUCGCCUCCUUAAGAGCCUGUUUUUAAUUUAUCUCUGCUGCACCGCUUCUUAUCCAACGCCACAACUUCGGAGAUCCACUCUAACAGGACGUGAGCUUAUUUAUUUACCUGUUUGCUCCUAGUUCGGCACACAAACCUAGAAAUAUCUAGAGAGAGAGAAUGACUUCAGCUGUAUGGAGAUUUAAUAA